AACCACGGUCGCCUUGACGACGGCGGGCGCGCUGGAGCAGGCCUCGUCUCCCGGAAGCCGCGGUCGCCUUGACGACGGCGGGCGCGCUGGAGCCGCGAGCGGAGCGUCAGGCUGGGCAUGCGGAGCUGGUGCCUGUGUCGGAUCUGCACCUGCGGGCGGCAUCGUUGUCCUCAUGGAACCACAAGGAUUUAUGAAAAUGCUGGCAUGUUUUGCCCCACAACUGAAUAUUUGGAAAAAUACCCUCCGUAUGGCAGUGCUCUUCCACCUCAGAGUCUUAAGCCCAAGCAGGAAUUUCGAGCAGGCCGUGGUAAAAUGGAAGGAAUGACAACAUUUAAGUCGGAUUAUCGUCCUUAUGAAAUAGUCAAACAGCCUCGUCAUGUACCAGAAGAAUAUAAACCAAAACAGGGGGAGAUCGAUCUUGGUACCACCUACAAACGUGAUUUUAAUUCUUAUCAAGUGCAGCCUGUUGCAAUAGUGCGGCCUUUGGAGAGAAAACACAUUAAAAAAGGAAAGUUGGACACUGUCCCAACCUAUAAAGAUGAUUAUAGAGCUUGGGACAUUCAGAAAACUGAACUUUAUAAACGAGAACAAACUUACUCUCCCCCCGCUGUGAAAUUUGGAAAUUCAACCACAUUUCAGGACGACUAUGUUCCACAGGAGAUAAAGCCCAGGCAGAGCUUUAGACCCAGCUCUGUGGUCAAACGCUCCACAUGCCCUUUUGAUGGUGACACCAGUCAUCGCCUUGACUAUGUGCCUUACCAGCUAGAAGUCAAGUCCUCAAGGCCGAGAGAAGUUUACAAGCCAACCAGCCAACCCUUUGAGGAUCUCACAACCCACCGACGUGACUUUCAGGGUCUGGCUGGUGAAACUGCGAAAAUCUGCAGACCUGCACACACCAGAGUGACCCAAAGAGCUCAUUUCGAAGGAAGCACUGAAUUCCGUGAAAGUUUCCAGCCGUGGGAACUCCCGCCCCCUGAGGUCAGGAAAGUGCAGGAGUACGUUCCUCCUGCAGGUGCGAUGCAGUCAGACAGCACGAGCCACCUCGACUACGUUCCCCAUCAGGCCACGCGCGUCCUUCCCAUCAGGCCGCUGUCCCAUCGGAGCAGGAACAGUGAUCCCUUCCAAGGGAAGAGCACCACAAAGGAAGACUUUCCCGCGUGGGAGAGUCGUCGCCAAGGCCCCGUCAAGCAGCAGCCGCAGAUUCCUGCCCCGUCUGGAAGGUUCGAGGGUUUGAGCACUUUCAGGUGUCACUAUGUGCCUCAUGAACUGGUUCCAACGGAGAGCUGCAGACCUUUACAAGUUCCUGUUAAGAGUUCUGCUCCGUUUGAUGACGUCACCAUGUACUCCACAGAGUACGUGCCAAAGAGACGGGAGAUCUGCCCUGCCAGCUGUCCUUCGCCUCCAGGCUAUGUCUUCGAGCACACGGACUCCCGAGGUCAUCAGUUCUUCCGCAAGGUCACUCCCGUGGUGAAGGCCUUCUGAUCACCAAAUCAUAUUGAAAGGAAGCUGACUCACAGCGGGUGGGUUUUCCAAAGGCAAAACCAACUUUUUAUAGUAGGAAAAAAAAUUAUGAGAGCUGAAAAAGAUCAGUUUUUAAAUUUUUUUUUUUUGAGGAAGAUUAGCCCUGAGCUAACAUCUACCGCCAAUC